UGUGAAAGGGAGAUAUGAAGUAGGACGGGCAGCCUUGGACAGGUGGGAGCCUCACGCAGGACUGAGACACGCUACACGAGCAGCCGGGAGGUAUAUAAGCGCUCCUACACUGAGAGAACAAUACUGAAAGAGAAGCGGCAAAGCUGAGAGACAACCCCGCCAGAAGAGCUCCAAGCUCAAGCCAAACAUCAAGAUGCCCGCCACUACCAAAAUCAUGCCUGACACCAUGAAGCCAGGAAAUACUCCUGUCUAUGAUUCCAAUGCACCUGAGCCAUCCUGCAGAGAAGAUCUCCUGAAAUACUGGAUCAACCUCUCCCUCGAUGACAAAACUGCCAAUAAGACACUUUGGAUCUCAGAGGGCGGGGCCACGGUGUCUCGCAUGACUGAUAGCGUCUUGUGUCCGGUGCUGGACAGAUCCGAGAGAUAUGAACACGCCCCACAAGUGCUGUGCAAGGAGGGCAUCAUGGGCUUCAGGGCUUACUGGGAGGUGGAGUACGCAGGAUGGGUGGUCGUCGGAGCCACCUACGAAGGAGCAGGGAGGAGGAACAACGACGGGCCCAGUGGCCUUGGAGAGAAUGAGGAGUCCUGGGGCUUGGGCUGGGCAGGGAAAUGCUACCAUGCCUGGCACAAAGGCCUUAUUGGGGAGAUUGUAAAUAACCCACAGUCUUCUGUCAUAGGGGUGUACCUAGAUCAGCCUGCUGGCAUUAUUAGUUUCUAUGCAGUGCGGGAAGCGAAGGAGGGAGAGGAGAGCGCAGAGCGGAAAGAGGCCACGCUGCUUCACAGAGUCAAGGGUUCCUUCAAAGAUAAGAUGCUUCCGGGGUUGUGGGUGGGGACGCAGUCCUCCUGCUCGAUACUGAAAAAAGAUGCAUAAUCUUAACAGAAGGUUUUCCAAUACUGUACAUUUGAUGUGAGAAAUGUGAUUUACAUCCAGGUACUCCAUUUACAUCUAAUACCCAGACAAAAGGAUUCAGAAUCUGUCCCACUCAGAAGCUUUCACUGUCCUUCUGUUUUAAGAAACAGCAGCUAUUUUAGAGUGAAACGGGUGUUAGUUGACAGCUUCUGUAUUAGUAAUUUUAAUGUAAUGUAGUAAUAUAUCAUCUGUCUUUUCUUAGAGAGAUAUUACAAAUGUGCAGAAUGGAUUACAAACUACUCUUAAUGUUACUAUUUAUCAUUGUUAUGAUGAUGUAUUUAUAUGACUAUUGUAUUGUAAAGGGGUAAGCUAGCAAAGGAUGAACAAGAAUGAAUUGAAAGUUGACUUGGAUGCAUGUUGAAUAUGUAUGAAUAUAAUAAAUGAAUUAUCAUGUAUGAAUAUUUUCCUAGAAUUUCUUGGCUUGUGCUGAAACAGAAAACCAGGAAAUGAUUGAACUUUACACCGACAUGUUUUUUUCCUUAAUUUUAAAAUAAAAUUUUAUGAUAAAUUAUUAAGAAGAAGGUAUACA